CCCGUGUCAAAAUUCAUACUUAUCUUUUCCCAUUUUAGGACAUCUGAAUAAUUUCUGUGAUUACCAAUUAUUGAGACACACAUCUCAGUCUGUCUAGACCACUAGACCUUACCUCAUCUCUAAACUCUCUCCACUAAUAAAUAAAUAAAUAUACCCUCUUCUAAUAUCUCCUUACAUUCUUCCACCACAAAUCACUAACUAGUUUCACUUACCCAAAGUUCUACCAUAAAUUACAAAAUCUGUUCCUAAAGAUCAAGAAUCUUUCUUUUUUCUUGUUUUCAUGGGCUUGGCUUUUUGCCUUGUUGAACUUCCAUUUCUUCUAUGGCCAAUUUUGUAGCUUUAUAUGUAACUCCUCUUAGUAUUGCUAGUGUUGUUAGAUUCCGCAUUACACGUUUCUAUCUUCUCCUUAUCUUUCUCCAUUCACUCUUAUAAGAAAGGAUAUUUCUUUUUUUUGCUGUUCUUUGUUUGGUUACGUGGAAAAUUCUCCAUUCUUGAAUUUCCUCUGACCCAAGUUAGAAAAAUUGCACCUUUUAGGAUACCAUUUAUCAAAGUUUGAACUUUUCUUUGUCUAUCACUGAAAUCCGGAUCUUUUUUUAGAAUUUUUGAAAAGUUUCAGAUAAAGCUUGAAAAAUUAAAGAAUUUUGAACUUUUUUUUAUGGGAGUUGUAGGAGGUUAAUGAUCAUUCCUUUUUGAAUUUCCUCUGACCCCAGUUGAAAAAAUUGCACUUUUAUUAUAUUUGAACUUUUCUUUCUCCAUCAGGGAAAUCCGGAUCUUUCUUGAAAAGUUUUGGUAAAGAUUCAGAUAAAUCUUGGGAAAUUACAAAUAAAGCUGUCACAUGCCUUUAAGCGAUCGUAUUCAAAACACUUGGUGUAGUCAGGUGAUAAAUAGUUGGUGAUAGUUAAGACAGGAGACACAAACAGCUGGUAGUUUAGGUAGGCAACUCGCAUAGUUCAGGUGUGUUUUUUGAUCAUUAUCUCAAUUUUAGACCUUUUAUUUGUUGCAAUUUAUGGGACUUGUAGGAGAUCAAUUAUCAUUCCUUUACUGAUACCUUGAUCUAUUAUCUGUUUGGUUCAAUAGAAAAGCAAAAAGAAGCCAAUGGCAUCUGUGUUUUUGUACCAUGUGGUGGGGGAUCUAACAGUGGGAAAGCCUGAGUUAGUGGAAUUUACAGAGACACAAACAGUGGAGGCAGCUAUAAAGGCUAUUGGGGAGUCUACAGAAUGUGGGAUACCUGUGUGGAAGAUGAGAUCUCAAAAGAGCUUGAUUGAGAAUGCGGAAAUGAGGCGAAAACGGUUUGUGGGUAUUCUUAAUUCCCUUGAUAUUGUUGCAUUCUUGGCUAGAGAGGAAUGUUUGGCUGAUCAGGAGAAAGCUAUGAAGACUCCUGUUUCUGAGGUUGUCGUUCCUGAUAAUUCUUUGCUCAAGGAGCUUGAUCCUGCCACAAGGUUGAUAGACGCACUGGAGAUGAUGAAACAAGGUGUGAAGCGGCUCCUAGUUCCUAAAAUUGUUGUAUGGAGAGGUAUGAGCAAGAGAUUUUCAAUUCUUUAUAACGGCAAAUGGCUAAAGAACAUUGAUACUUCUAAUCCUGCUGCCAAUGCCAACCGACCAUCAACUUCUUCCCCUACGACCAUUCGUGACAAGUUCUGUUGUCUGUCUAGAGAAGAUAUCAUCCGUUUUAUUAUUGGUUGCCUUGGUGCAUUAGCCCCUAUACCUCUCUCCUCUAUCUAUUCCCUUGGAGUCAUUAACCCAAACUACUGCUCAAUAGAAGCAUCACGAGCAGCGAUGGAUGCCACACAAAAACUGCCAAAGGAUCCCCCUGCAGUUGCAGUCAUCGAGCCUAUGGGAGAUGAUUACAACAAAAUCAUUGGCGAGAUUUCUGCCACUAAACUGUGGAAGUGUGAUUAUUUGGCUGCCGCAUGGGCCUUGGCUAAUUUUUCAGCAGGACAAUUCGUGAUGGGUGUUGAGGAUAAUAUCACCUCAAGAUCCUUACCUGAUUUUGCAGUCAAUAAUCCUAUGGUAACAGAUGCAAAUACUGCCAAUAGGCCCGGUCCAGCUAGGUCAAAAACAUUUAGCAGCAGAAGUAUUGGGUUCGUCAGCAAUCCAACAAACUCAUCUUUAAGUGCUUCUAGGAGCAUGUAUCGUGGAAGAAGUGCGCCAUUGACAUGUAAGGAGACAAGCUCACUGGCUGCUGUUAUGGCUCAGAUGUUGUCACAUCGGGCAACUCAUGUAUGGGUUACUGAUGCCGAGAAUGAGGACUGUUUAGUUGGAGUUGUUGGUUAUGCUGAUAUCUUAGCUGCAGUUACUAAACCCCUUCCUCCCACCAAUCCCGAAACUCAGACAUCUUGAGUCUCCAUCAUCAUUUCCUGCUCAUUUUCGGUUGUUCCUGCUCCAUUAUGCUGAUUGAUCAGUGGAAUAAUGUUGGCACGUGGGCGGCCCGUUUGUAUUUAUGCUUCUUUUCAUGUUUUGCAUCUGCUUUGAGGUUUAGAUUUGUUAAUGUGAGAACUAUGUGUUGUACACUCUAAAUGUGAAUAUGCGAUAUGAUUACUAGUUCAAUAAGUUGGAAGGAUGGAAAUUGAACAAUUUGUUCUUUUCA